AUGGCGUCAUCAAUCCCACAAUUUCAAACAUUAAUAACGGUUGAAGAAUUUCGUAAAUUAGUCAAUGAACAUUUUGAAAAACAAAUUUCUGAAGGUCAACUAUAUGAUGCAAGAGAUAUUGAACGUUUUAAUACAAUCGAUCUAUAUACUUUAAUGUUUAUACAACAUGGUCAAUUUGGUACAAGUUUUAAUCAAGAACAAGCAUUACAUGUUUUUAAUGCGGCAAUGAGUUGGAGAAAACGACGUAAUGUUUAUGAUAUUUCUACAGAUGAAUUUCCUGCUGAAUAUAUUGAUCGACAGGUAGUCUAUUUUAAAAAUAAUGAUAAAUAUCAUCAUCGAUUACUUCAUAUUAUUAUUAGUAAGUUUAAUAAAGGACGUGAAAAUAAAGAUACAGUUAAACGUUUUCUAACAUAUAAUUUUGAACAACAAGUUCGAGAAUAUCCUGGUGAAAAGAUUGUUAUUCUUUUUGAUAUGAGUGGAACUGGUAUUGGAAAUCUGGAUUAUGAUUUAGUUAAAUUUCUUAUUGCUAGUAUGCAACUCUUAUAUCCAGGUUUAGUAGCCUAUAUUCUUCUGUUUAAUAUGCCAUUUCUUUUAUCAGCGGCUUGGAAAUUAAUUCGUACUUGGUUGGCAAGCGAAGCUGGCCAGUUUGUUAAAUAUGCCAAUAAUAAAUCAAUUGGAGAUUUUAUUCCACCUGAUCAAUUACCAGUUAAAAUGGGCGGUACGGCAGAUGAUGAUAAUUAA